AUUUCAUAACCUUUUCUUGUCCCUUUUUAGAGGCGAAUAUAAAAUCAUUCAUUGAACUCUCUGAUCCUUGGUGAAUUUGCUGGCCACCGCCUUUCUAUUCGACUUUUAAAGAGCACCUGCUACGCUGCUGCUCCUUUACGGAGUGCAUUUGGGUUGCUUCGCUCGGGCAGCAUUCUCCUCCAAGUGGAAGGCAUAGGUACAAUGGAAAUUAGUCCUUCCCCGGAGCCUGCACAAGAGGAUGGCAAGCGAUACUAUCACAAUGACGUUGAGAUAGCAGCCGAAGAGCAUGAUUUUGACCGGAUUGAAAAAAUAUACAACAAACUUGACUGGAGAAUUUUACCAGCAUUCUGGACCUUGUACUUUAUGUGCUCUGCUAUUCGGUCCAAUGUUGGCUUGGCGCAGACGAUGAACCUAAAGCAAGGCCAUGACCUUGCUUCUGUACUACAUCUUUCCGAGCACCAAGUCUCCACCGGCCUUGCGCUCUUCUACGUUUGCUAUGUUGUUUUUGACCUUCCAGCAAACCUAGUGAUGACGAAGUUGCAGCCCCAUGUGUGGAUGAGCAGAAUUGUCAUCUGCGUCGGUCUUGUCGGUAGCUGCAUGGCUGCCAUGAAGGCUGCAUGGAGUCUCUACCUUCUCCGGCUGCUUCUAGGAAUUGUCAUUGCAGGAAUGUGGCCCGGCAUGUCAUAUUACUUGACGCUAUUCUAUCCACCUUCUCGCACUGGCAAGAGAAUUGGUCGUUAUUUUACAGCGGCACAGGUGUCGGCAGCAGUCGUAGGCCUAGUCUCUGCCGGGUUUCAGCAAAUGGACGGUCGUGGAGGCCUCGUUGGCUUCCAAUGGAUGUUCCUCAUCUGGGGUCUAGUCACCAUUGUUGUCGGAUUCGCUUUGCUUUGGUGGCUUCCUGAUCGACCACUGCCGCCGGGCGAGACCAGAAACCGGUCAGGGUGGCGAAAAUUUAUCCCCGCAUCCAAGCCAGCCCUGACGGGUGAAGAUGCAAGAGUCCAUUACGAAGAUCUUACACGAGUCUAUCAACGCACCCAGUGGACCGCGAAAGAUCUGCUUCAAGUCUUUCUUGACCCUUAUGCCUGGCCACUUUUAAUAUGUUAUUUUGGCGUGGUCGGGGUAGGAUAUGGUAUCCAAAAUUAUGGUACUGUCAUCAUUAAAUCAAUUAAACCAAACCUCACGGGCGUCCAACUAAGCCUUCUUUUCGCCCCUAUUUGGAUCAUGGACCUAAUUGCAAUCCUCCUCGUAACACCCUUUUCUGAUCGUUUCCAUCGCCAUCGCGCGCUGUUCUUCUCGAUCCCCGUUUUGAUUCAGAUUGCUGGCUUAUUGAUAACCACUUAUUCCGGAUCACAAGCGAACCCAUGGCCCCGGUAUGGCGGUCUCCUUAUUGUUGGGUUUGGUCUCGGGCCCACUGUGCCCAUCAUCAUGGCUUGGACAAACGAAAUAUUCCAGCCACGGCAUGGCGAGGUUGGUGUCGCAGCAGCUAGCGCUCUUGUAUCUGGAUGGGGAAACCUUGGUUCUGUUGUUACGACCUACGCAUUGUACACGGGAUGGUCCGCCGAUAGCAAACCUGGCCCGAAGCAGUUUCACAAAAGUAAUCUGGUUAUGAUUGGCAUUCUUGCGGCCUCUAUUCUCAGCUCGAUAGGUUUAACUAUCAUGCUGAAAGUUCUUGGGCUGGACUACGGCCGGAAGCAGAAAAGGAUUACGACCCGCGAAGGCGAGGAUCUCCCUCCUACCAUCGACAAUGCCGCUCGUCGCGAAGCUCAACAGCAAGGGCUUAAAGGCCUGGGUAGAUUGUGGCCGAGAAGAUAAGUGACAUCGUGUCGCUUGUGCGAAUGAAACGAAACGCCAACAGCGAGUCAUUACUUGAGAGGCAUGGAGCAAAAUGGCAAGUAACUUCAGCACAAUCGACCGCUCAUAAAGGCAACGCUACAAUAGAGUGGUCCAGCAUUCAGAAACGACGGCCGCAUACUCUCGUCGCCACAAGCCUUAUUCUCUAGGAAAUCGUUUGGCGUCCAGGGCAAUCAUGUUGCUUGAUACCGAUUUCAGCAUAUUGCCCUCUCGAAUAGGUCAGCUGGCAGCUCUGCGGCGCUGAGCAUGAGAAUGACUCCCCUUCCCCCUCAGAUUAAGAAGCUAAAGAUUCCCAUGGAAAACCUAAAAUUAUUGUAAUUCUGAUGUAGAAGAUGAAUGGCAUGU